AUGCACAGUCAAUAUUUUGAUUUCAGUCUUACAAGUGUAUGUGCGUUAAAAUUCCAUUCCAAGGGCUAUCUUCAUCAACCGAACGUCACCUGGUCUGUCAAUCUCGAUGUAGUCGCUGGAAAGAAUUAUAUGCGGGGCGGUCUUUGGAGCGAGGUGUGCACGGGGUGA